AUGGCCCCGAUCAACUACGCAGCCGCGUCCAAGGCCAAAUUGGCUCGGAAGAGUGAAGAGCCCAGACUCUUCUUCAAGCCUCAGAAACGGACCCCUCUUGCCUCACUCGCAGUCAACACUACCGGCAACAGGGUCGAGAAGCCGUACGAUAUGGUGCAGCCGACGUUCAAGUCCUACCAGACGACGCUGCCCAUCAAAGUAGGUUGCAGCACCUACAACUACAAGAAGAGCGUACCAGCUCCAAAGGAGCUUAUUUCCAUUCGGGAGGUUGACAAGGCUGCCCUUGACAAGCCACUGCUGGACUUGAUUGAGAAGGCAAAAGCCGAGAAGAAGAAAGAGGAGGAAAGAUCGAGGCAGGAGGUCGACGACCUCUUUAAGGUGGACAGCGGAGACGCUCCUCCCGUAACCAACGAGCCCGACACCAUGGAGGACAAUAACGACAGCAAGCUCGAGAUCAACGACCUCUCCUGCUUUCGAUACGAGGUUGUGAGGAGGAUGGUCGAGUGGAGCGACGGCAACAGCACGGCGCUGCCCCCUGCUCUUGGACAGCUGGUAGGCAUCCACUUCGACGGACGUCCGCACUCGUUUACUCUCAACGUCGGCCAAGGCCUCUACUCUCUCUUCGACGAAGUUUAA